AUGAGGCAAACCAAAGGUGAUCUGGCGGCUCAGCUGAGAUCUGGGAUACUAUCAAGAUUCGCCGGUGCAGAAGAGCGCUUCUUAUGGGCAGCAGCGACGUUCAUUGACCCCAGGUUCAAGAAGCAUGGCUUCCGCAACCCUGACAACGCACAAGUCAUCAAGGACAGACUGAUGAGCCGAAUGAGACCAGCUGCAGUGGUAGAGGAGGAGCCAGAACAAGAGACAGGCGAAGGAGCACAGGGCAGCAGCAGUGCCUUUGACAGGCUGUGGACGCACUUUGACUCCAAGAUUAAAGACGUUAAGAAGUCGACUACCUCUGCCCUCAUGGACCCACAUAUUGAGUUGCGCAGGCACCUGGAAGGAGAUUUGCUUCCUCGGCAACAAAGUCCACUUCUGUGGUGGAAGCAAAAUUGCGGACUCUUUCCCCAGCUGCAGGAACAAGCCAUGAAAUUUUUAUCCUGCCCUGCCACAAGUGUCUCAUCUGAGAGACUAUUUUCAAAAGCUGGGGAGCUUGUGUCGCAGAGACGUGCUAACCUCAAGGACACCACAAUCAACAUGGUGCUUUUCUUAAAUAAGAAUUUAAAAUUGUAA